AUGGGAGAGGUCGCGGAUCCUGCAUUGCAGGUCAUUGUUCUAGGUUCUGGAGGAGGACCGCAAGAAUCCAACAUCACAGCAUUUCUGGUACGAUCCGUCGCCGAGAAAUGGUCUAAAGGAUCCAUCAUCGCCGUUGACGCUGGCGUCCAUCUCUCUGCCAUCACCCGUCUGCUACAAGAAUCUUACCCCUCAACACCACCUACCAACUUACCUUUCACAUUAAGUACUGGAGCAUUUGCUGGACUGGAAUUACCAUACGCAUCCGCGGCCGCUAAUGCGGCUCAUGUCACGAGAUCCUUGGUCGACACAUAUCUCAUUACCCAUCCUCAUCUCGACCACAUCUCUGGGUUUGUUGUUAAUACGGCUGGUCUGCCGGGGACUCGCCCCAAGAAGCUUGCUGGAUUACCCAGUACUAUCCAAGCGUUCAAGAACCACAUCUUCAAUAACGUUAUCUGGCCUAAUUUAAGUGACGAGAAUAAUGGUGCCGGCCUGCUCACCUACUUGAGGCUUGUUGAGGGUGGCAGCCCAGCUCUCGGAGAUGGUGAAGGAAAGGGGUAUAUGGAAGUGUGCGACGGUCUGUUAGUUAAGACCUGGAGUGUCAGUCACGGCCACUGUAUUGAGAGACAUCCUCAUAGGGGCUCCGCCUCUAGUGUGUCGACGCGUUUUGGCAGUCAUGAUGCUUCGUCGCAAACACCCAGAAGAGAUAUUCACUACCACACGGCAAUGCAACCUACGCCCAAGGCUACUGGUUUGCUCAGCCAGGCUGCAUUUUCGGCGGUGUCAUCGACGCAGUUUGCUGCCAGCAAUGAGCAGGAAAAAAUCUGCGUCUAUGACUCGAGCGCUUAUUUUAUAAGAGAUCAGUCACAUCGCCGCGAGGUGCUCAUUUUUGGAGAUGUUGAACCUGAUAGUAUCUCCCUCAGUCCGCGGAACCUGUACGUUUGGCAAGAAGCUGCUCCCAGAAUUGUCUCUGGCAUACUGGCCGCAAUCUUUAUUGAAUGUUCAUACGACGAUUCUCAAAGCAAUGACCGACUAUUUGGACACUUGAAGCCGGGCUUUCUAAUGGAAGAAUUACGGGUGCUAGCGAAUGAGGUUGAAGUUGCGCAGAAGCUUGGGACCUUUGAUUCCAAAAAAAGGAAACGUUCAAGCAUGGAUGAAAUCAUGAACCAGCGGCGGAAUCCUUUCGGCAAACCGGGCUUUAUGUAUGAUGACUCUGUAUCACCGAAGUCGAUCAAGCCAACGGUACCGAAACAGGAGGCAACACCGGACCAUGCUGAUACACCGCAUCUGGCGACACCUACCGAUGAACUGUCCCUGCAUGAUUUUGGGCCAAUGGAUCCUAUUCUCGAGAAAAAGCCGCUUGAGGGCCUCAAGGUGAUCAUCAUUCACGUCAAGGAGCGACUGGAAGACGGACCACAGGUGGGAGAUACCAUAUUGCAGCAAUUACAGGACUAUGAGAAGGAAAUGAAUCUUGGGUGUGAAUUCAUAAUGUCCAAAUCGGGAAUGAGUCUGUACUUUUAG